AUGAAUUCUGAUGACAUUAUCCUGAGUACUGUUUUCUUUUCCCAAGUGGGAAUUGGGUUCAUAGGAAAUUUUUUUCUUAUAAGUCUAUGCAUCUUCAUAUUCCUCGGUGGACAUAAACUUAGACCUAUAGACACAAUUCUCAUACAGCUUGCCUUGGCUAACUGUUUGGCCCUUCUCUGCAAGGGCAUCCCUCAGACCAUGGUAGUCAUGGGGAUAAAGAAUUUUCUGGAUAUCAUUGGCUGCAGAGUUACCCUCUAUUUUCAAAGAGUUGCUCGAAGCCUUUCUGUCUCCCUGACCUGUCUCCUGAGUGCCUUUCAGGCCAUCACCAUCAGCCCCAACAAGUCAAGUUUAGCAAAUCUUAAAGCUAAAGCCCCAAAGUACAUCAUUCCUUUCAGUCUCCUUUGCUGGACUUUCCACCUGCUUCUCCAUGUCUUAAUUCCUAUUGGAAUGGUUUAUCCAAAGUACAACAAAAACAUCACUGAAAUACAGCAUUAUGGAUAUUGCUCUCAUUUAGUUCCUUCUAGAUUUCGGGCUUUUCUCUAUGCUUUUGUUCUCUCAUUUCCUGAUGCUGUGUUUAUGGGAUUCAUGCUCUUUUCCAGUGGCUACAUGAUGUUUCUGCUCUACAGGCACCACAAGCAAGCUAAGCAAAUUCACAUUACCUGCAUCACUACCCGAGCCUCCCCUGAGACCAAGGCCACCAAAACUAUCCUAAUUAUAGUGAGUACCUUUGUAUCAUUUUACUCACUUGAUUGCUUCUUUGUAGCAUACAUGUCUUUUGUAAAAAUCUCACCAGAACUAAUGCAUACUUCUGCUUUUGUGGUUUCAUGUUUCCCAGUUAUCAGUUCUUACACAUUGAUUUUCAGUGACUCACAGAUUCUGAAGUUCUGCUGUAUUAUCUGGAGGAGCAAAAGUUCUCAUUUUGACACAUUAAAAGUUUAA